AUGGUCCAACUUGUAUCGGAACCGCCAUCUUCACUUCUAGGUGGCAGGUCGAAGUGUGAAUGGACGAGAUGUACCGUUACACCACCUCGUUUUUCUUUCCACAAGAACUACUGGACGCUGUAAUCGAUCACCUCAAGAACGACAAGCGCUCCCUGUCCCAGUGCGCCCUCGUCUCUCAUCGAUGGGUCAACAGAAGUCGCCGCCAUUUGUUUCGCGCCAUUACUAUUACCUUGCAUGCUGUGGAGGGCCCUGAUGGUCUGACCUGGGAUAAUCAUGACAUGAUACUGGUCCUUGACUUCCUCAACACUUCCCCUGACAUUCGAAACUAUUUUCAGGAUCUCACUAUUCGGGAGGACCCUGAUGACGACUCGGAACAACAGCCACGACUUCCAAUCACGCAGCUUUUCCAGCUUCGAAGCCUCUUAACUGAACUCAAACAUCUAUUGUUACGCAACGUGACAAUUGUAUCGCGAUCAGAAGACAGAGACGAAGAUAUAUCCUCAAUGGCCAUAUGCCCUGUGUCUCAUUUGCGCCAGUUAUCACUGAAAACCGUUGAUUUUGUCUCGAAGGACGGCGAUCUCUCGUGCCCUUUUGUCGAUUUGAUCGAAUUUCUUGGUUCCAUUGGUACCCUCCGUAUUGAGGAUUGGAUCUGUCACUAUGUACGACGUGAUCCGGCUGGCUGUCCGCGAAAGGUCCCGGUAUCAUCUAUUGUCAUCGGACGGCGUAGAGGAGAUUUGCCGUUUCUGGAACCGCUGCUAAAAGGCACCAUUGCCUCGGAUGAGAUAUCGCGAGUGGUGUUCACGCUUCCAGACAUUGACUCUUGGUUGUCAUUUGAUGCUUUUCUUGAGGCCCUUGAUGCACGGAAGGCUUCUGAGGUCGAGGUAAAUUUGGACGGUUCAUUCGACGAUGACAUAGACUUUUGGGACUAUCUGAGCUUGUCGUGGCUACCCUCGGUCCAGUCCUUGAGCUUCCGUACCAUUAUUUAUCAAUAUUGGGGCCCUUCAUCGUUCCAAUCCGCCUGCUAUCUGCUCUCCACUGCUUCGCUUCAAACUAUAUCAAGCCUAAGCAUGCACUUUGAUGUUGUUUACACUCCACCCUUGCGGGAUAAUGAUGUUGACGAUCACAUUACCUUGGUGCACAAUCUGGACAGAAGGCUGCAGCUAGAUGUGGACGAUGAUGACGACGACGAUAACGAUCAUGACAACGACGACGAUAACAACAGCGAAGACGACGACGACGAUGAUGAUGAUGAUGAUGAUGAUGAUGAUGACGACGACGGCGGCGACGACGGCGACAACAACGACAACGACAACGACAAUGGCAACGACAACGAUGACAACAAUGACGACGACAACAAUGACAACAAUAACAAUGACGACGACGAUAAUGACAACAACGACGGCGAUAACGAUGACGAUAAUGACCAAUCACACUCAGACUUUGGGUCGGACCAGUGUAUAACGUCAACUCGAGACUCCCUAGUGAUGAUGGAUUGGCAAAUGUUCCGAGAGAGUCUGGAUCAGAUGCCGAACCUCAGAGAGCUCGGUUUCGUUCUGCAUGUAGACGGAUGCUAUGCCUCCACUGAUGCCCUUAUGAUGGAGGUAAUGGAGGAUUGCCGAGCUACCCUCGAGGAUGUAUUGUCAAAGUAUCACGAUCGCGGGUUGUUACGAGUCGAAGGGGUGGCGGCUGAUGCGAACAGGUAUGCAGAUUGAGAGCGUGCGGUCUGCUAUGUUGGUGUUCAAGCCGUUCAAAUGAUUUUACAUUCUUGUCACGGGAUUUUUGUCUGUCCAUAAAUGUGUAUAGACUAUCUUUAUAUAUUCCUCCAUCUUUCGCUCGUUGGGGAUAUUAAGGCAUAAUCGCAACAUUUAUGC